AUGGCCCCGCCGCCGCCGCAAUGCGCCUCAAAACCCCCCUCUGCGCCUCCCGCCCUCCAGGUAGGGGACAUGGCGGAGGAGGAGGCGCCGCCGCCGCCGCCGCCGCCCAAGCUGCUCUACAUUGCCGUCGCCGACGGUGGUGGCCGCCGGGCGUUCAGGUACACGCGCCCCGUGCUGCAGAGCACCCUGCAUCUCAUGGGAUGCAAGCCUCGCCAUGCCUUCAAGAUUAGCAAGAGAGUAUUCAAUGUGAUGAAGAGUGAAUUCUUGGCUGCAUCAAAGUCAGAUGGGGCAACCAAACAAGAAAAUUAUCCUGGCCUUGGCCUUGGAGAUGGUACAGAUACUCCAAAAAUGUUGGAGAGAAGCAAUAGCAGCAUACCGUUUGAAUUAUACAAGAACCAGACUACCGUUGUUGUUUCAAGAGAGGUGUUUGUAAGUGUUGUAUGUGAUGCCCUCUCUUUGUACAAGUAUGUCGGACCCAACCAGAAAGCUGACCUGCUUCUGGCUUGCAGAAUUAAAGAGAGAAAGGAAUCGGUGACAAUACUCUUGUGUGGGACAAGCGGAUGUGGCAAGUCCACUUUAUCAUCUUUGCUGGGUAGUAGGUUGGGUAUCACGACAGUAGUUUCUACUGAUUCCAUACGACAUAUGAUGAGAGGCUUUGCAGAUGAAAAACAAAAUCCUCUUCUCUAUGCCUCAACCUACCAUGCAGGCGAAUAUUUAGAUCCUAUUGCAGUUGCUCAGGCAAAGGCAAAGCGCAAGGCAAAUAAACCCACAGUUGUUUCUCAUCCAAAUACCAGUGGAGGCAAAGAUGUGACUUCAGACGACAAAUCUCAGCAAGGAUCCUCAGAAUUACCUCCUAGAGCUGAACUGAUUGGCAACAAGCAAAUGGCAGUAGAAGGCUACAAGGCGCAAAGCGAGAUGGUGAUCGACAGCCUGGACAGGCUAAUUACAUCCUGGGAAGAACAGAAAGAAUCUGUGAUUAUCGAAGGAGUGCAUCUAAGCCUUAACUUUGUGAUGGGAUUAAUGAAGAAACAUCCUUCCAUAAUACCAUUUAUGGUAUACAUUACAAAUGAGGAGAAACACAUGGAACGAUUUGCUGUACGUGCAAAGUACAUGACUCUAGACCCAGCAAAGAACAGAUACAUCAAAUACAUCCGAAAUAUUAGAGCUAUCCAGGAAUACCUAUGCAACCGAGCUGACAAGCAUCUUGUGCCGAAGAUCAACAACACCAAUGUUGACCAGAGUGUGGCUGCUAUACAUGCCACAGUCUUCAGCUGUCUUCGCCGGCGAGCAGCCGGGGAGCAACUGUUUGACCUCAACACAAACACUGUUGCUGUAGUGGAUGAGGAAUACAGGAACCAGCGUGCAGCUAACACCUUGGGUUCUAAGGGCAUGUUUCAGUUGAUCCAAAGGAAGGGGUCUUCAAGGAAUCUGAUGGCACUCCUUAACACUGACGGUUCUGUCACCAAAGCUUGGCAUGUAGGUGCGAGUGAUGGCAAUGGGGAUCUUAAUGGUAUCACAAACAGCAAGAAGUCUGCUGAAAAUCCUAUGCUGGAUGCCUCACAAAUUGGGAAGGCAGAGGCAGUCAAUCUCCAGUUUGGUCCUUUUGGGAUCAGUGCCUGGAUGAGUGACACGGGUGGAACCAGCCAUACUGGGAGUGUAGAAGACCUGAGGGCUGAUAGCGUAGAGACUGGUGGUAGAAAUUAUUCGUCAUGCUGCAGUUCGCCAAAGAUGUCAGAUUCCACUUCGAAGGAGCUUAUGGAGGACUACUCAGUCUAUGGCAGCGAAGAAGAAGAAGCUGACGACCCUCGUGAUGCUGAAACUGAUGAAGACCUAACUGAUGAAGAAAAGGACAUGCACGAGAUAGAUGCAGGCUCUGUGGACGAGCACUCAACCAAGUCGGAUGAGGAAUAUGAGGACUUAGCCAUGCGUGAUGUGAUGGAGAAUGGCGACUGGUCCGACGACGAGGAAGCUGUGAGCAAAACCAAGAACUCACCAGCCCCGGAGAGCAUCCAUGGGAGUGUGGCAGCUGAAGAUGAUGGCAUAAACCGCCGGUACCACCACAACCUGGACCUGUUCCUGAAAAUGUCCAAGGAGGUAGCUGGCACCAGAAUGCCAUGCGCGUCAUAG